UUACGGAGGGUUCCUGUUUCAUUAUUGUUAAAUAAUAAGGUGAUUUUAUCAGUAUACGUUUAAACCUAUGCUCAAAUAAUCAAUUUGCGGUUAUUUGGAAUAAUAAAAUGACCCAUUUCAAAAUUAAGCCGAAACCACUACCCUUUAGAUUACCUUGUACGUCCGAAUCGGCAAUCAUAGAAAAAAUAUUGCCAUGCUUGACUUAAAAAGUAGAAGUUACUUUGACUGGCAUUAUAAAAUAUCCAGUUAUUUUCUCUUAAUACCCCCAAAAAACCGUUUCAGAAGAUUGUAUUGGCUUAUAGCUAUACCCCAUAUAUUCUUAAUCUGUCUAUCCAUUUUUUUAGAAGGGGCAAAAUUAUGCUUAGGCGGCAGCGGUAAUUUCAGUCUGGACAUUUUAAAUUUAGGUGUUAUGUCUUUGCAUUGCAUGGGAGGUAACAGGGUUAUAAGAUGGCAUUUCAUAAGAGAUGAUAUUGGUAAAGUACUGAAGAGGGUUACAAAAAUUAAUUGCGAUUUUUGCAUUUUCAAAAUUUCUGGAGGCAAUUCCGAGAAUAAAUCAAAAGGCCAAGAUAAUAAGGAAACAAAGCAUCCUAUCGAAAUUUACAGGAAUAAAAAAAUUGAGGAAACAAAAAUAUACUGUCUAAUACUGUACGUGGGAGUUAUUACAUAUGUUGGAAUAAAUUUAUCGUCAACUUUUAUCUUAAACUAUUUGUCAUCGCCGGAAUAUGAGAAAUGGAAUCCAAUUCUUAAUAGAACACAACUGUACAGAGAUUAUGCUUAUCCAUUAUGGUACCCAUUUGAUACCUCUUUAUCCGAUGGAUAUUACUGGAUUGGAUUUUUUUAUCAGCCAUAUGCCUAUUUUUUUCUGGUUUGUGGUUUCUUUUCUAUUGAUACAUUGUGCUUAAAUACAAUUAUACAUUUAACAGCCCAUGUACAAGUUAUCGGAUUUACUUUAACAUUCGUAGACAAAAACAUUGAUAUUAAAUUAAAACAAUCAGAAGCAAUUAAACUGAAAGAGAAACGGAUUUUAAAGUGCAUUCAAGAAUUACAGGAGAUUUAUACAUGUGCCAUUGAUUUAAAUAAUAUUAUUACUAUGCAUAUGUUGGUACAACAGCUGUGUAUUGUGGUUAUUACUUGCUGUGUUGUAUAUAGAGUGACAUUGGUAUCUGCGAUAACUGAGCUGGGCAUCCUUGUAUCAAUAACAGCCGCAGUUGUUGGAGAAACCUUUAUAGUUAGUUGGUUUUAUCAAAAUUUUACUUUAGAGCUUUUUGAGUUACUAGAUAAAGUAUAUAACUUGGAUUGGGUGGAGUAUCCGCCAGAACUAAGAAAAGUGUUACUUUUUUUAAUGCAACGACUUCAAAAACCGUUUUAUUUUACAAUGGGCCAUUGGCAGCCCCUGAAUAAUGAUAUAUGCAUAGCGACCAUCAAGACGUCCUAUUCAUUUUACACAUUGCUAACUCAGCUUUAAAUGACUAUAGAGCAAUCACAAAGAAGCAAGCACUAUAUACACGAUAUGAAAUUAGAAAUACAUGCAUUUAUUAAAAAUUAAAUUACACAAUUUUAUUUAUACUUGCAUGCUUAAUUACCUUGAAAUAAAUCAUUCAUAA